GGGCCGCCCGUUAAUCACAGUCGCGCCCGAGGCUCCAAAUCGUGCUCCCGCCCCCUUUCGUCACUUCCUCCCUUGCCCCUGUGCAGUCGAUAAGGAAACCCGGACGCCCUUCCGGCUUUCCUUUUUCCAGGCGGCCGGGAAGAUGGCAGACAUUCAGACCGAGCGUGCCUACCAAAAGCAGCCAACCAUCUUUCAAAAUAAGAAGAGGGUCCUACUUGGAGAAACUGGCAAGGAGAAACUCCCGCGGUACUACAAAAACAUCGGUCUGGGCUUCAAGACGCCCAAGGAGGCCAUUGAGGGCACCUAUAUUGACAAGAAAUGCCCCUUUACUGGCAAUGUCUCCAUCCGAGGGCGGAUUUUGUCUGGUGUGGUGACCAAAAUGAAGAUGCAGAGGACUAUUGUCAUCCGCCGAGACUACCUCCAUUACAUCCGAAAGUACAACCGCUUUGAGAAACGCCACAAGAACAUGUCGGUGCACUUGUCUCCUUGCUUCAGGGAUGUCCAGAUCGGCGACAUUGUCACAGUGGGUGAGUGCCGCCCCUUGAGCAAGACUGUGCGUUUCAACGUGCUCAAAGUCACAAAAGCUGCUGGCACGAAGAAGCAGUUCCAGAAGUUUUGAGGCAAGACUUCUGUCUACACCCCUGAAGAAAAUAAAACUGUCUACACCCCUGACUCCCAGGUCUCAAAAACUA